AUGAUGGAGAGGAUAAGAAAAGAAAUGAUUCUGAUGGAAAGGGGACUACACAGUCCAGUGGCAGGAAGGAGGCUCUCUGACUCGGCCGGGAACGCGGUGCUUGAGGCCCUGGAAAAUUCUCAGCACGCAGGUCGCCUCAGUCCGAGAAUAACUUCAGCCUCGCUGCACGGUAAUCUCGGGGAUAUUCCCACCAAAGGCAAGUUCGAAAUUGACAGUUUAUUCGGAAACCACCACAGCGACAAUACCUCCUCCACAGAGGUUUCAUCCUCCGAAAACAGGAAGAAAAUAAACCUGUACCCUGAAGUUUCUCCUGACUCCGAUAUGAACAGCGAUGUGGAAGUGGGUUGCCCGUCUCAUCGCUCACCAAGCAGUCUCAGCCAACAGAAGGAAAACAAUAGCAAAGGUUUUUCGGACAACAAUUCAGGGACCUUCAAUUCAAGUUCAUCAUCUCUAUCGAAUAUGAACGGCUCCAUCAGCAACUCCAGCAGCUCGAGCGCGGAUCAGGUGAGGAGGUACCGGACUGCGUUCACCCGAGAACAAAUCGGAAGACUGGAGAAAGAAUUUUACAGGGAAAACUACGUCUCAAGACCCAGGAGGUGUGAACUGGCCGCUGCAUUAAACUUACCCGAAACGACAAUAAAGGUGUGGUUUCAGAAUCGACGAAUGAAGGACAAGCGGCAGCGGCUCGCCAUGUCCUGGCCACAUCCCGCCGAUCCCAGCUUCUACACCUAUAUGAUGACGCACGCGGCCGCCACCGGAAGUCUGCCUUACCCUUUUCAUUCCCACAUGCCACUACACUAUUACCCCCAUGUCGGUGUCACGGCAGCAGCUGCCGCGGCAGCCGCCUCAGGAGCCGCUUCUUCACCUUUUGCUACCUCUAUUCGUCCCCUUGAUACUUUCCGUGCGCUUUCUCAUCCAUAUUCGCGCCCAGAGCUGUUGUGUAGUUUCCGGCAUCCAGGACUAUACCAGUCACCGGCAGGUUUGAACAGCUCGGCGGCGGCGGCAGCGGCGGCGGCGGCGGCGGCCGCUGCAGCAGUAAGUGCGCCUUCAGCUACCGGGCCGUGCUCAUGUCUCAGCUGCCACAGCAGUCAGGCCGCCAGCGCACUCGGCUCCAGGAGCACCAGCUCUGAUUUCACCUGCACGGCGUCCGGCCAGAGGUCCGAGAGCGGAUUUUUGCCAUACUCGGCAGCAGUUCUCAGCAAAACCGCGGUGCCCUCACCGGACCACAGAGAAGAGAGCGCGCUCAAUAGAUAGCUCAGUACUGGCAUACACUUUUUCAUUUGAAGCACAUGCAAUUAUUAUUACUAUUAUUAUUUUUAAUUUAAGGGACAGCAUUUCCUGUAAGGUCUAUAAUGCCCAGAAUUAUAUUUAGCCUAAUACACUGUUACGGAUAUCGAAGGCCUUUUAAACACACAGUAGCUAUUAAAACUGUACGUUAUGUAAUGAGCAAGGCUUUAAUUUUUUUAGUAGUUUUAUUAUUUUUAUUAUAGUAGGCUAAUUAUUUUAUUUCUUAUUGUUAUUUAUUUAAAAAAUGUAUGCAAAUAUUAUUUUCGAUUAGAUUGGAUCACGUCGUGCAGUAAAGAGAAUAUACACUGGUUGUGCCACUUAAUCAUUGGUUAAGGGACCAAGCGCAAGAUGAUGCUAUUCUGAAAAGUGCUGCUCGAGGGACUCUCCCUGAUCUGAGUGUGGCGCAUAAAACCUGCACUACUGCUACAAUGUCAAUUCUGCUGUUAAUAAUGUGAAGAUUAUGACGAAAAUUGCCAAUCAUGUACCUUGAUGGACCUCCUUUGAAUGUGGAAAUGUAAGAAAUUUCCCGUUCUGAGACUCGCUGUCAAAGCAUAACAACCCGCUGUGGGAAGUCAUUAGACAAGAUAGACCUUGAGCAUUUCGCAUUGUUC